AAGACUUUAAUGCCGACUACGCCGCUAACCGAGCCGUCUACAAAAAGCCCCUGUCGACCGACGAGGUGUUUAAGGAACUAGUCUCGCAGCGGCUUGCGCAGGGAUUUCAAUUGAUCGUCCUGCCGGACAAAAGUGUAACGAAUCCACCGCAGGCACCAUGUUGCGGAGGCCAUUUGCAGCUCAGUUUUUCAAACUCUAGUACUCCAUCCAGCGUGCUCAGGAGACAACCACCCCAGGAAGCGACCAAAGAAUAUUUCCUAUCGAUCGGUCGCAUCUUUCACCGUAUCUCACUCAGUGGAUCCGCUAUCACUGUUACACGCUACCGGCCACGCCAUCCGUAUCCUCCUAUCAACGUCGACUACCGGUACCGAUUCCAAGCACCGCAGCACGACACGUACGAAGUGAGCGGAGUGAAUUUUACGACCGAGAAACUGGAAAACUUCAAUUGGAACUACAUGGAUCAGUACAUCUGCACACGGGGCGACACAGAUUAUCCGCUGCACGAGAACAUGAAAUACUGGCGCUACCGGAUGUAUCUACUGCCGAAAGAUGAUGUAGCCAUGAAAAAGAUCAUGGAUGGUACGGUACGACGAUGUGACAUUUUUCAGGAGGAUAGCCCGUUUCCACCGGAGAAGCAGAUCUGCAAUGAUUUUGUUCGCUUCGUGGAAGCCCACCUCAACAAAAUCAAGAAAGUUCAACCUGCCAAGAAAUCUCGGGAAGGUCCACGCCAAACGCACCUAACAAGACGACGCCACAGUACGAGCAUCCUGUCGCGCCCCCCACCCAGCCAGCAGCAUGGUGGAUGGGUUAAACUGUAUUAUAACGGCAUUAGCAAUGGCAACCCACACCAUCACCAACACCACAAUCACCAUCACCACCACCAUACUCCUGAACGCUUUUAUUUUCCUAGCACUCUCGUCGGUAACAGCAUUCUGACUCGUGCCGGCUCGAAGGUGCUGGACAAGAGCGGAAGUGCGAUGCAAACGCAAUCGUCCUCAACUUCUUCAGCUUCAGGCAACACGGUGACAGCAGCGGUAGCAUCGCCUGCACCACUGACGGUCAGCUCAAUCGGUGGCAAAACGACGGUCGACGGUAUACCACUGUCGACGCUUAACUCGCCAACCGAGCAGGGUUUGCCGGAGGAUGCGGAUGAUUUCAGCGGGGAAAGUACAAAGCUCAAACCGACCGCCACACUGCAGGAAAUCUUCGAUGCACUACGCCAUCCGGAACAUGGCGUCGGUUUUCUCGGUCCAGCCCAGAGUAUGCCCUCGUGUACAUUCGUUUCGUACGAUGCGAUCAACUGGCUGCAGAGUCGCAUCGAGGGUCCCUGUAACCCCGUGGAGAUCCUGGAAGAGAUGCGACGUGCUCGCUUGAUCUGCCACGCUUCGGGAGACUUCCAUCGACCGGUGGUGCCCGGCUUCUGUCUAUACUACAUUGUGCGGCAGGUGAAGGAAUCACCGGAAUACAUACCACCGUUGGGUGAUUUGGCUGCCUUUGAGAACGAGUGGAUGGAGGUCGAGAUUCAGCAUCCGGAUAUGACAAAACCGGUUGCAUCGCAUGAUCGCGGUGUGACGCCAUUUUUGCGCGAUUCGAUCGAUCUGGACGAGGGGCUAAUCGAUGGAUCACUGUACAAGCAAACGCACCUGGAGAUCGAUGUGGGUGGUAAAUCGGAUCGGAUCGAGUGGGGCCACGCUCGAUACCAUCAGCGCAUGAUACCAGGGCACGCGUACGAGAUCGUCGUCCAGUGGAUUACGGCAUCCGGGCCGAUCGUGUACGAUCUCAUUUACGGUUGGUGUCGGAAGGCGCAGCCUUGCGGUUUCCAGCUCGUCACCAUCCCGGCCGAUCCGCUGGCCGAACCGUUCACGGAGAAGUCGGAUCCGCUGCGCGGACCGAUCUUCAUUCCACUCGAUACCGACUGCCUUAAGCAGCAUCGCAGCUUCUUGUUUGAGGAGUUCCACAAGGAGACGUGGCCCAAGCGGUUGCUGCUGUUCCAGGAAGAGAUUGUAAAGCGUUUCGGUUUCAUGCGCUGCACGGUCGAAACAAAAACGGGAUCAAACCAGGUGUCGCUCGACUACCAGUACGUACACUGCAGCGGCAAUAUGUUCAUCCUCGUGCCGAACCCGAACAUGGGCUUGCGAUCGCGCCAACGGCUUGCCUCUGGUGGAACCAAUUUCAAGAAGCCGAUCAAUUUCAUCAACCGCUACCUAACCUCGCUCGAGCCACAGCUGGUACCGACGAACGCGGGUGGUACCAGUGCUGCUGUUGGAGGAAUAACGGCCAGCCACGAACCGUCCUAUAUUACGCGACACGUCACCGGUAAGGGUAAUCCGAAGGACGACUGUGACGUGAUACGGCGUACCGGGUUCCUGUGGUCCUGGAAUCACAUGAUACCCAAUAAGAAGUGGAAGUCGCUCGUGAUCGCCCAAACGGACGAUCUGUUCCAGUUGAAGAUGUUGCGUGAUUUCAAGGAAUUCUGCAGCAACACAGACCAGCGGUUGGUGAACUUCUGGGAAUCGUGCUGGGAGCAGAAGGAGAAGGCAUCGAUCGAGCGUACCUGAUGGGGAGAAGAGCUCUUGUUGCUUUGUAUGUAUGAGUCUGUUAUGUUACCCUUGUAUGUCUUUUUACUAACGAAACCCACGUACAGCGAUAGAAUGGGAGAAAAUAAUCAAAAUACGGGAAGAAUCGAUGUUCGGAAAAUACACACAGACGUUUCCUUUA